UAUUAUCUGACCUUACAUACUCUGUACACAACAAUGGGAAUGAAGACGGACGAGGACAAUCGUAACAAUUGAUUCAUAAAUAGGCGACGGCAUUUUAAAGAUUUGGGUAUAUGCGGCCAACCGGAAUCUAAAUAAUAUCUGCCCCCGAAAUCCGGGGUUCUAAUCCAGAUCGCGAUGUACAACGCCCUAACCCGGAUACAAAAUGUAUUCGGCUUCUUCACCACCGUCGCCUUCGUCGUCGCCGCCCUAAUCGCCGCCUCCGACUUCGCCGCGCCGCGAGCCCCAAGCGCAACCAUAAAACCGACCAACGUCCAAGUUGUCAAAGGUCGACCACACUACUACAGCACAAAGAAGGAAGAAUACGCUAUAAUCAAGUUCUCGCUCGACGCCGACCUCUCCUCGCUAUUUACCUGGAACACCAAGCAGCUCUUCGUCUACGUAACAGCCGAAUGGCCCGCGGCCGCCACGAACCAGACCAACCGCGCCGUCAUCUGGGACUCCAUCAUCACAAGCCCGAGCGCCGACCACCUAAGCAACCUAGGUCCCGCAUCUCUGAAGAAGCUGCGCAAGAGCGCCGCAGGCAAGAGCAUAGAUCCGAACCGCGGCAAACUCACCCUCAAGAACCAAAAGCCCAAAUACCAAAUCACGCACCCGACGGGCCGAAUCGCCUCGACCGACGACGUCAAGCUGCACGUGAACUACAACGUGCAGCCGUGGGUCGGCGCGCUGACCUGGAACCAGAACACCGACCUGGGUCUAUGGAAGAAGUUCGGCGGCGGCAUCAGCAAGGCCUUUGAGCUGCCUGCGCUUAAGAAGAAGGACGACGGUAAGAAGUCGAAGUAGGGGGACACGUACUUUUUUUGAGCUAGCUAGAUAGCUAGGUGGUGUUUUAUGAAACGAGAAUUUGACAAUGAUGUUUUGGUUCUACAUUGUGGAAAUCGACUGCUGCCUACUAAUUGAUUUAGCAUAACUCAUUCGAGCUAUCUACGAUAAGCACUACCCUCUACACAUGUCACGGUCAAUCUAGAGAAAUUUACG